UCUGAAAUUAUGUCUGGAAGAGGUAAGGGCGGAAAGGGACUCGGCAAAGGAGGCGCUAAGCGUCACCGCAAAGUGCUCCGUGAUAACAUCCAGGGCAUCACCAAGCCCGCCAUCCGCCGUCUGGCUCGCCGCGGCGGAGUGAAGCGUAUCUCCGGUCUGAUCUACGAGGAGACCCGUGGUGUGCUGAAGGUGUUCCUGGAGAACGUGAUCCGUGAUGCCGUCACCUACACCGAGCACGCCAAGAGGAAGACGGUGACCGCCAUGGAUGUGGUGUACGCUCUGAAGAGGCAGGGCCGCACCCUGUACGGCUUCGGGGGAUAAACUCAUCUGACUGAAACACACAAAGGCUCUUUUAAGAGCCACC